GGCGAUUGUCGCUGAAAUUGACGCAUCGUUCAGGUAUUCGGGCCAGAGGAAGCGUUUCGUUGAUAUUUCAUGCUAUGAGCCGCCUGUACCUGGCCAGCGUCAUUGCCGCCUGGGCGUUUGUCGGUUCCCCCGCCCCAAGUCUGCUCAACUCUUGUCCGCUGUAUUUAAGCUCAAACUUAUUAUUCCGAAAGAUCAGCAGCGAAGUCAACCGGCAAGUGCCAACAAAGUAAUAACGAAUCAGUCUGGCUACCGCAGACUUUAAAACCAUAACCUUUUGACUUGCAUCGCCUUGUUUCCUUGACUCAAAAUGGACUCUACCGAGGAUUUCAGCCCAUAUCGCGCAGAUGGAAAAUUGGCAAGUGCUUGUUGUUUGUUUUAGUGCCAGCACUUCAUCUGCUGACUUGUGAACUCGGAAUCGUGAACGAUAGUAUGGAUUUGUGUGUGUUGUGACUGGAGCGUCCCAGGCUGUCGGCCAGGCCGUUAUCCACGAACUGGCUGCGCAUGGUGCAGCAUCCAUCUAUGGUCAGUGACCUACAGAUUUCCCCACAGUUGCAUGACUACAUCAUAACGGUACCUGUCUAACCACGGACGCAUCUAUGCUUCAUGAAAGAAUAGCCUGCGACAAGGCUGCCAGCUCUGAUGCCUACAAGGAUCUGGUUGACAGCGUAGCCAGCCGGCAUCCCAACACCAAAGUCAUCCCAUACCCGUUUAGCGUAGCCAAGGAGGACGAGACUUUGGCCUUGAUCGACGAGCUUCUCAACACCUUCGGCCGUCUGGACAUCUGGGUCUGCUCCUCGGGCUUCCUCGGCCCGCCGUCCAUCUCGGACACAACCCCGGACGUGCUGCAGAAGUGCUUCGAGUCCCAGUCUCUGGCUCCCUUCUUCGCGCUCAAGUAUGCGCCGCCCGCCAUGGCCAAGCUGUGCGCGAAACAGUCGUACCCAAACGCGGCGCCCAAGACCCAGGCAUACGGCUCCAUCGUGGUCAUCGGGUCGGUGGCCUCGACAUACGGAGGGUGCUGGGGCCCGUGCCAUACGAUGAUGGCUCACGCCAGCCUCGGUGUGGUGCGUGCGGGCGUGAGCGUCCUCAAGGGCACUGGGGUAAGGAUCAACUGCAUAUCUGCGGGGCAGAUCGAGACUGGAGUCGAUCUCAAGGGGGUCGACAUGCGAGGAAUGAAUGUCCAGUUUCCUCCAGCCAAUCUCCAGAGUAAAGAGGUUCAACACGCUACAAUCGGACUGGAGAGAGCAGGUCACCCUCAAGAGGUUGCUCGAGUGGCAGGCUUUCUUGCAAGUGGCUUCUCUUCAUACAUCACCGGUGCAAAUCUAGUGGUUGACGGUGGAGCUUCGACAAUGAACCCUAUGACAUUGCCGAUAUAGUUAGCACCAUAACCUUGUGACCCGACUCAUUGGGAAUGUUCCUCACCUGGCAGUUGUAGUUGCAUUGGCUUGAACUUGUCUCAUCUCGGUCGUAUUUCUUUCUGAAUAAGGUACUUUAAAUAGGGUAGCAUCAGAGACAUUUCAAUGCCAAGCAGACCUGAAUCUUGCGCGCGUCAGGACUGUUUUAUUUUUGCGUACCUACCUACC